CUUCUGACCUUCCAUCUCCCACGGCCCCAAAGCCACCAAAAGCGGUCCUAAUCGCUACUUUACUUUCGAUCAUCAACAGAUCAAAAGUCAUCUCUCUCCCCCAACAAGCAAUCAUAUUCUCAAAUCUGCAAGUCAUUUCUUCUUCUCUAAUCUCUAAUUCUACUAUUUCAUUCCCUGUUUUCAAGUCUACAUUCUUCUAUUCACUCCAGAAAGUUCUAUUCCAUCAUCAUCUGAUCAACAGUAUAUUCUGUACGUGCCUUUCGGACCUAACUGAAUAUAAUUGCGUCCGGACGAGACACUGAAUUGAAGCUAGUUACCGUCACUAUACGAUCAAUUUUUUUUUUUCCAUUUUUGAAAAAAAUGCUGGAAACUGUGAAGUACCUCAUCGGCUCCGCCGGUGCAAGCGGCUUCGGCUCCAAAUCCACCGCCGAAGAAGUCACUGAACCGCGUCCCGAUCUUCGAUCACUCACCGUUAUUAUCACAGGUGCGACGUCGGGAAUCGGGGCGGAGACGGCGCGAGUACUGGCGAAGCGCGGAGCACGAUUGGUGCUGCCGGCUCGGAGCAUGAAAGCGGCGGAGGAGACAAAGUCUCGGAUUCUGUUAGAGUCGCCGGAGGCCGAAAUCGUCGUUAGGCAUCUCGAUCUCAGCUCUCUCGCUUCUGUUCGGAGUUUUGUUGCAGAGUUUGAAUCUCUCAAUUUGCCUCUCAAUAUACUUAUAAACAAUGCAGGCAAAUUUACCCACAAACAUGCCACUUCAGAGGACGGAAUCGAGAUGACAUUCGCCACGAAUUACUUGGGUCAUUUCCUCCUAACAAAACUACUGCUGAAAAAGAUGACCGACACCGCAAAACUCACCGGUAUUCAAGGCAGGAUCGUCAACGUCUCGUCCGGCAUCCACAGCUGGUUUUCCGGCGACCCAAUUCGUUACCUCAGCCUCAUCACAAAAGACAAAAGUAAAUACGAUGCGACGGGUGCAUAUGCGCUCUCGAAGCUUGCCAACGUUUUGCACACCAAGGAACUUUCCCAGAGACUGAAGCGAAUGGAGGCAAACGUGACGGUAAAUUGCGUUCACCCAGGAAUUGUAAGAACCAGGCUCACUCGAGAACGCGAAGGCAUCUUUACUGAGUUGAUCUUCUUUUUGACUUCUAAACUCUUGAAGACCACCCCGCAGGCUGCAGCUACGACAUGCUAUGUGGCAACUAAUCAGAGGCUGGCAAAUGUUACUGGCAAGUACUUUGCAGACUGCAACGAGGCCUCAACUUCAAAGAUGGGUUCCAAUCUAACCGAGGCUGCAAGGAUGUGGUUGGUUUCUGACAUUUUAGUUACUAAUAAAGAUCCAAACGCUGCCCUUUCAGAUCCAUUCCCAGGCGUAGACUGAAUUCAAAAACCCCAUACCUGUCAAUCACGUAUAUAAUUAAUUAAAUUAAAAAGUUGUAUAAGGAAUCUAUAUCACAUUUCAAACGUAGAACAUGGGAGCUUAUGUAACAAGGAAUAUACUGUAUAUUCCAAGGUAGUUAAUUAGCACAUAGUUAUGGAAAUGUAAUAGAGAGGUUUUAUCUUAUGAGUAUCAUAUGUAGCUUAGGAUUGUAAAUAAGUAGGUCUGGGUUGUCCGUGGGAAUUAGGGGUACUCAUCGAAUGAGUCGAGUUUGAAUUUAGUUUAUAUCGAGUCAUGCUUGGUAAAGACAUUUUGAAUUUGAGUUUGAGUUGAGUUUUAGUUGAGGUGAAAAGUAUAUAACGAACUUGGUUUUAGUUGAGUUCCAUUUGGGUUUGCGUUGUAAUCGAGUUUUAUCCUUACAAAUGAU